AUGUAUGCUGAUGACAUUCAAAUCUACCUGGAUUUUAAUCCUACCAUUCCGUGUGAUGCUGAGUGCUGCUUGUUUAGGCUAUCCAACUGCAUUCAGGAUGUUCAAACCUGGAUGCUUGCAAACAAACUCAUGCUGAAUGAAAACAAAACAGAGUUUUUCAUAGCAUCGUCGCCAUAUCAUUCCAAACGUCUUCAGCUACUAACCCUCACGAUAGGCAACACAACCAUCAAUCCUGUCUCAUCUGUUCGGAACUUGGGAGUAACCUUUGACAACUCCAUUUCAAUGAGUCAACAUGUCACUGGUCUGUGCAGGUCCAUUAACUAUCACAUACGCAACAUCACAAUGAUCCGCAAAUACCUGGACUACGACACCUGUCAUUCUGUUGUUCGUGCACUGGUACUCUCACGCCUUGACUACUUCAACUCUCUUCUCACCGGACUUAAGCAACACGAUCUCAACCGCCUACAAAAACUCUAA